AUUUUGAAGAACAAAAUGCAUCCACAAAUCAAUAAGCCUGGCCUUGCGGGUUACCUGUGAGGUACUUCUUUGGACGUCCAUUGAGUGAAAUGAAUCUAUCAAUAGUUAGAGAUUCUUACAAGUCAACCACAACUAUAGCUGCAACUAUCUUCUUCCUUCCCUCUCCCUGUUAUUCAGAACCAGCUCCAUUCGCUUCAUUUGCCAAGAAUUCGGUAUCGGCUCCCCCAGUGGCGUAUUACGACUACAUUAUCGUCGGAGGAGGGACCGCAGGCUGUGCACUAGCCGCGACUCUGUCUGAAGCCGCGACUGUUUUGCUACUAGAAAGGGGUGGUUUGCCUUACAAUGAUCCAAGAAUCAGCAACGUUGCUGGUUUUGCCUACACUCUUUCUGAUAUAUCACCUGGAUCACCUUCCCAGUUAGUUAUCUCGACUGACGGAGUUAUAACCCACCGUGCCCGUGUCCUGGGUGGUGGAACCGCCUUGAAUGCUGGAUUUUACACCAGGGCAAGCUCAGAGUUUGUGACAAGAUCACGUUGGGAUCCAAAACUAGUGGAAGAAUCAUAUGAGUGGGUUGAGAAGGUGGUGGCACACGAACCACAAUUACAGCAGUUUCAAUCUGCAGUGAGGGAAGGCAUGCUCGAAGUGGGUAUGAUGCCUGAUAAUGGCUUUACGUACGAGCAUAUCCAGGGCACGAAAACGGGUGGUUCAACAUUUGAUAGAAAUGGAAAACGACACACUGCGGCUGACUUGUUACAGUAUGCUGAUCCUGCUAAAAUUGCUGUUCACCUUCAUGCAACAGUGCAGCGGAUUCUGUUCAAAAAUCAAGGGAAACCAAGAGCGGAUGGAGUCGAAUUCAGAGACUCACUUGGCGCAUCUCAUACAGCAUACUUGACUAAGGAUCCUAGAAGUGAAGUCAUUUUAGCAGCUGGUGCAAUCGGAAGCCCCCAGCUGAUGAUGUUAAGCGGGGUUGGGCCAGCUGAACAACUCAGGAGUAAAGGGAUCGACAUAGUUCUGGACCAACCCAUGGUCGGGCAAGGAAUGGCUGAUAAUCCAAUGAACGCACUCAUCAUCCCUUCACCUAAUCCCAUUGAGAUUUCUCUCAUUCAACCUGUGGGAAUAACCCCAUUUGGAAGCUACAUUGAAUCAGCUAGCAGGUCCAUUGACUUAACUUGGGCUCUUAAAUUGCCAGAAGGAAUCACAAACAAGACUAAACAAUAUGGAGUGGACCCAAAUGCGCUAACAUCGACAGUAAAAGGUUUUGUUGAUAGGAUCCUGAGAUCUCCCCUUCAAGCCGGAAUAAUACUAGAAAAGAUUAUGGGUCCUGUCUCAUCAGGUCAUCUUGAACUUUUAACCUUGGACGCAAAAGAUAAUCCGCUAGUCACUUUUAAUUAUUUCAAAGAACCAGAGGACUUGGAAAAGUGUGUCAAGGGAAUGGAAAUGGUUAUUAAGGUGGCCAAAUCCAGAGCUAUGGCCAGGUAUAGAUAUCCUCUUGUACCUGCACAAGCUCUUAUCAACACCAUGCUGGCCCUUCCAAUAAACUUGAGGCCAAGACACCUUUUCUCAACUCUGUCUCUCGAACAGUAUUGCAAGGACACGGUUAUGAGCAUUUGGCAUUAUCAUGGAGGAUGUCAAGUAGGUAAGGUUGUUGAUUACGAUUACAAAGUUGUUGACAUCGACGCAUUAAGGGUUGUUGACAGCUCGACAUUUACUUUUGAUUCUCCUGGAACGAAUCCUCAAGCUACUGUUAUGAUGCUUGGAAGGUACGUGGGACAGAGGAUUCUGCAGGAGAGGGGCUCUCGUAAGAAAAUAUAGAAGAUUCGUGCAUUAUAUAUGUUAAGGGUAAAAUAGGGUACAACAAUAUAUGCUCCAUUGUAUAAUAUGUUUGUUGGUGC